AUGGUUUCGGAGAAGCUGAGUGCCCUGCAGUUCGGGCAGGAGUUUGUGAGCCAGUAUUACACGGUACUGAAGCACGCCCCGGAAACACUGCAAAAGUUUUACGGUGAGAAUUCCUCAUACGUCCAUGGCGGAGUGGAUUCCCACGGGAAACCUGCAGCUGCGGUCUACGGCCAAGCGGAAAUCCACAGAAAGGUGAUGUCUCACAACUUCAUGGACUGUCACGUGAAGAUCCUCCACGUGGACGCCCAGGCCACCCUGAGCGAAGGAGUCAUGGUGCAGGUGCUGGGCCUGUUGUCCAACAACAACCAGGAGGGGAGGCGCUUCCUGCAGACCUUCGUGCUGGCGCCCCAAGGCUCCGCUGAAGGGCAGUUCUACGUGCACAACGACAUCUUAAGGUACCUGGAUGAGGUCUUCGAUGGCUUCGACACUCAGGAACUAUCUAAGAAAGAAGUAGAGGAGGAUUGUGAAGCAAAGCAGGAGGAGCCCUUGCCGGAACCCCGGGAAGAGAAGCCUGAGGCCACCGUAGAAGAAGCUGCCCCCGAGGCCACACAGGAGAGCCCCUCGCCGGCCCCAGCGGACCCGGACCCCGUGGAUCCAGCCCCCACGGACCUGGCCUCCGAGGCACAGGAGGACGUGCGGCCUGUGUCAUGGGCGUCUGUGAUCUGCAAGAAACUUGGGCCGGUGACCGGGAUCCCGCCCCACGUGGUGAGAGAGCCGGCCGCCGAGCCACGGCCCAAGACCAAGCCUGAGUCGCCGAUUCCACCUCAGAGGCGGCAGCAGGACAGGAGGGAGAAGCAGGUCAAGCCAAGUCCCCGCGGGGCCAACAGGCAAGGCCCCAGGGAGCCCCGAAGCGCCGCCAGGCACCCCGACAGCCACCAGCUCUUCCUCGGCAACCUGCCGCACGACGUGGACAAGCCCGAGCUCCGGGCUUUGUUCCAGACUUUCGGGAGCGUGGUGGAGCUGCGCAUCCACAGCGGCGGGGAGUUGCCCAAUUUUGGGUUUGUUGCUUUCGACAGCCCUGAGCCCGUUCAGAAGGUGCUUAGCAAAAGGCCCAUCAUGUUGCGCGGGGCCCUGCGCCUGAACGUCCAGGAGAAGAAGCCCCGAGCUGCCCGGGAAGGGAAGCGGCGUGACAAUCGCCUCAGGGGCCCUGACUUUCCUCUUGAGGGUCAAGGGUUCGGCCAGCGAGGGCCGCCUCGAGAGGUCCUGGCGCAGCAGCCGGGCUCGGAGGUGGACGGGGACCUAUCCCCUGGGCAGUGA